AUCUAACCUCAAAUAACAGGAAAGUAAAUAUUCUCUUCUAAAAUGUACGCAAGGCCAAAACCUGGUGAAACCGAGGAAGAUAUACUGCGUCUACAAAAAGAAUUUGAAAAAAAUACAGCAGAAAAUAAGCUUAAACCUGCAGCUACAGUAAUUAGUAACAAAACUAAAGAUGAAACAAAGAAAAGUAUUGUUCAAAAAGAUGAAGUUAAUGAAUUUGAUAUUAACGAACAACUUGCAAACACAUUUGAAGAUGUUCCGUCUAAUAUUAAUCUAAAAAAUAUAAUAGAGAAAAAAUCAGAAACGCCCCAAUCUUUAUUUAAAUUUAAUAAAGGAAAAGGCUUUCCACAAGCCAAGAGGAGAGAUUUAACAGUAGAUAGUGGUAAGGGCAGUAUUUUUGCUCAACAAAUGAAAAAAUUGAAAAAGGAAGAAAAUAUCCCAAUGGAAACCGACACAAUUCCUAUUGACAUUGAAACUAUAGUAAUUAAAGAAAAAACUGACCCAUCAACAAGUAAAACUAAUGUUUCCACUAGUUCAAAGUCAGAACAUCUGCCAUCAGAAAGUUCUAUUUUAUCAGGCAGUGAAAGUAAAUCAAUACAUCAAGAAAACUUAAAUAUCAUAAAAAAUAUGACACAAGAAGAGCUUAAUGAUGAACGUGAAAAGCUCAUAUCAAUGAUGGAUCCAGCUAUUAUCCAGUUUUUAAGAUCUCGUAAGAAAAAAGAUGUAAUAAAAACCAGGAAUCUUCCAAUAAGCGAACAAAACAAAGCAGGUGAAGACAUGAACGUUGAGGAAAUGGAGACAACUGCUGAUAUAUUGACUCAACCUAUGGCCGAUAGGUGGCUUAAUUUUGAUGUGGUUGAAGCAAACAAGUUAGCUUGGAUGAAGAAUAUAGAUAUACCAAAAAUGAAGGCUGAUAAAUUUGAAGCAAGAUUCGAUUUUGAAGGAUGGAUUUUGCCCUAUUCGCAGCCAGAAAUUAAUGAAAAAAAUCGAACUCUAUACCAUCAUGGAGAGGAAUCUGGUAGACCUGGAUAUACUUUGCAAGAAUUAUUUCAACUUUCACGGUCUAGCGUAAUUCAACAAAAAAUCAUAGCAAUUAAUACGAUAGCAAAUAUACUUGCCUUAAAUUCUACUGGAAUUUAUGAUGGAAUCAUUGAUGUGCCAAUAGAACAGAUAUUUUUUGUUAUACGUUUCUGUUUAGAUGAUAAUACUCCAGGAGUUCUGAAUGCAAGUAUAAAGGCAAUGAGAAACUUGAUAUUUUCACAAGUGGAUGAAACUUGUCUGGAUAGUUUAUUAGGUUUUGGAUUGGGACUAACCCAACCUGUUUUGUCCGUCGAUAAUGAAAUGGAAGACGACUAUACUGUCAAUGACCAACAACUAGCUGAAAAAAAUAUUGUCGAAUGUUUGGCCAGAACUGAUAUAUUGACAAGAAUAAGAUAUAUAAUAAAUACUGUAAAGCCUCCUUUAGAAACCAUCGUCUACUGCAUGGAUAUUCUUAUAAGACUAGCAAGAGAUUCUGAAUUUAUUUUAAAUAAAAUACUGGAAUGUGAAAGUCUAAUAGAAAAUAUAAUUUCGAAUUUUAUACCCCAAGUUUUCAACCAAGAUAAGAAUUCUACAUCCCCAUAUGGUCUUCCAUUGUUACAAGCUGUAAAACUGAUUAGAAUAAUAUCGUCUAGAAGUAAAAGUUUAGCAGAAAAAAUUACAAAAAAAUAUAGAAUUUUAGAGUCCAUUGUUCUAUAUAUUUCUAAUGAUGUUUUCUCUUCAAAUGUAAAUGGAUUGAAAUUACAAACAGAAUGCAUGCAUUUUUUGAGUCUUCUAGUGCAUUAUGGUUUGUCCUUAGAUUAUUUCAGUGUUCUGCAACCAAUUUUAUUGAAUCUAUUAGAUUAUCAUUUCAAAAAUACAAAUUUGGACAUGACAACCACUUAUAUCCGUAUAGGACAUGUGUCAUCAUUGCUCAUAUUUUUGUCAGCUGUCAUCAAACAAAAUUAUUCAUUAAUAUUGCCGUUUUUACCUCUACUUAUGCAACAUUGCUGGCCAAAAUGGAGUUCACAAUUGUGCAAUUUGAAGGAAUAUGCUUGCGGAAAACUUCAGCUUCCUGCUUCAUUAAUAUGUUGUAUGACUGCUUUAAGACGAUACCAACACAUUGCUGAAGUUGAUACUGUCGUAUUAAAUAUAAUCAAUUCAGAAGGAUUUAAAAUGGUUACAGAUAAAAUAACGAAUGGUUCAAUGCUCUUAAACAAUUACGAUACCCAUAAAUCAAGCAGUAAUUUAAAAAGUUUAGAAUCCGCUGCUUGGCAUACUAUGGACCAUAUAGUACCUGUGAUACAAACAAAUAGUAGUAUACCUUUCUUGUAUUCCGUCUCAUCAUAUGUUAACGUAACUGAUAAUCAACAGGUGAAAAUAUGUUUCUUAAAUCACCCGAAUAUACAAAAAUAUCUGAUGUCUUUACAAAAACUGGACAAAUACUAUCUAACCAAUCAUUGGUUUUCAAGACCCGAAGCAACAUUUCUGAUGAAUAUUUUGAAAUCAUCAGUACCGGUCAAAGACAAUCUAGACACUUCGAUAUUUUACGAAUUGGCCGUGAAAUGUUUGUGCGUGUUUAACUCUGAACAAAAAGCUGACAUAAGAUUUAUUUUUGGAAACGUUAUCUUUUGUUCUAAGUUCUAUCCAAGUGAAGUUCUCUUGGAACAUCUCGACAUAAGUCAAAGAAGUCUUAGUUUAGAGGUGUCUUUGAAUAAUUUAACUGAGAUUUUGCAAGUAUACACUCAAGUUCUAGGUUUACAAAAUAAUCUUGCAGACUUUUCAAUGUGUUGUUGCUUGGAUAUAAGCAUAGGAAAUGUAAUACCUAUGGACUGGAUAUUCACCCCGAUUUUGGUAUUUUAUUCAAAUCAAUCGCAAAAUAAUACCGAGCAGGACGAAACCCAACAAAUUUUUGUUAUUAGGAAUUGUCUUCGUUGGAUUUUAAUUUAUGAAACUUACUUUCCAUUUUUGGCCUCAAGUAUUAAUCCAACGGACAGAUUUUGCAGACUCGCUUGUGUAUUUCUUGGCAGCGACAGUUUAUUUUUGACAAAGGAAAUACAUGAUCUGUUGGAAUUUUGUUUUAAGAAUGUCAUAAAACACGAGAAGGAGCUUAAUUUCGAUAAAGAAAUUCAAGGUUUGAGCAAUUUUCAAGAUUUUUACACCCAGUUACUAGAACAAUAUCAAGGAGUGAGUUAUGGAGAUGUUCUUUUUGGAAAUGUUCUAUUAGUGCCUUUAGCUCAGAAACACAAUUCUCAAUACAGAAAAACCCUUUGGUCCGAAUAUAUGGGGGCAGUACAAGUGUUUAAUGUCACUCCUGAACAAUAUAUUGGAGAUGUUAACUUGUUUUUGGAACCUCCCGAGGAAGAAAUGUCACUUUUGAAGUGUUAUAGAAGAGCUAUAGUUAGUAAUUUAGUUAGGAAACACAGUGUAUUAUUUAAAAUAGCAAAUACUCAUGUCGAAAAUUUUAUACAAAAGAAGAAAUCUAAAUAAAAUACUUUUUU